GACAAAAUAUUCAAAAGUAGAGAAAGCUCAUUCUUUUUUCUCUCUUUCCCCCCUCUAUUUCCCUUUUAGGUGAUGUAUCUCCAGUGCACAUGAAUCCCAUUUCACAGUCCCAGUUUGUUCCUUUGGCAGAAGUCUUGUGCUGUGCUAUAUCUGAUAUGAAUGCAGCUCAUAUUACUGUUACACAGGAAACCUUACUGGAUCAGUUGGGGAAACAUUAUCCAGGCAUUGCAACUCCCACACAAGAUAUUCUAUACAGUACACUUGGAAUGCUAAUUAAAGAACGGAAAAUAUAUCACACUGGGGAAGGAUACUUCAUAGUGACCCCAAAUACCUAUUUUAUCUCUAAUAAUUCUAUGAAGAGCAACAAGCGGGUCCUGCUGGAAGAUCAUUGCCCUCCGGAGCCUUCUGUCACAUACCUUGUAAGCAUGGAGGAUACUGCAGAGCUCAUCCAAGAAAAUUUGCCUGUUGCAUCUCAUUGCAAAUCUUGUCAUUGUUUCUCUGAGAAAACUGCAGUGAAUGGACAGCGACCUCAGCAGCUAGUUAGCCUUGAACCUAAUGGAAAAAGUCAAAAAGGGUCUUGUGAAUCCAGAUUUUCAGUUCAAAACCCAGCCACUGAUACGCUUGUUGGCAACCAUUCUUGUGAAACUGCUCAUUCUGUACAAUCAGUGAAGGAAAAGGAGAAGGUUAAAAAGUUUGGUCUUAGCCUUUUCUGGCGCAAUACUUCAAAGAAACAAAAACCUAAAAAAGUUCAUUCUUCAUUUUCUGCCCAAUUUCCUCCUAAAGAAUGGCCAGUAAGGGAUGAAGAUAAUUUGGAUAAUAUCCCACGUGAUGUUGAACAUGAAAUUAUCAAGCGCAUCAAUCCUUUCUUGACAGUGGACAACUUAACUAAACAUACUGUGCUGAUGCAGGAAAUUGAGGAACAGAAGAAAUAUAUCAGUAAAGGAACUUCUACAGAAGUGCUAACGAUGAAACACAAACAUUCUUCCAAAGGGUGCACCCGGAAAAAACAAAAUAAAGCUGCAAAGCAUCAGAGGAAAGUGCAGCCCAACAAAGAAAAACAAAUGAGUAAACCACAGAGAGAAUUUAAAACUGACAAACUCAUACCAGCUGUUGGCAAACUGGAAAACUCUGUUGAGCAACCAUUGUGUUGUGUUACAAGUGAAGCUAUGAUUUAUAAUAAACAGCUUUGUGAGGAUGCAAUAGAUAUUGAUUCUCACUUUAUAUACAAAAAAGAAAUUAAUAAUCCAUUUCAAGAUAUUGCAUAUAGAGGGAAUAAGUUAACAAAAGGACAUACAAGUCAGAAAAACAGUGAUGUAAAAUCCAGAGCUCCUAGAUCAGAGAGGAAUUUUUCAAGGUCCCGGUCUUUGGAUUCCUCAAGAUCUGUAGACUGUAAAGCUAAACAGUUGCUCACUGUCAAAUGUGACGCUGGAGAUGAUAAAAAGAAACAGCUAGAUUACCCACAAUACCGGGUUUUACAAAGAGGUGGCAAAUAUGGAUACUUGAGAGAAACUGCAGCUUGUAAAGAUAAUUUGCACAGAGUGGCAAAUCCAAAACGUAUGGUGGAGAUUCAGGUAGCUUCUAACACUUAUGCUGCACUCGAUGAAGGAGAGGAGAAAAGCAACCCACAGAAUUCCAGUCAAACUCACCAGUGUGAUCAAGCUGCCAUAUAUGGCUUACUGGGUCAAAAUUCAGAUCAGCUAAAACAUGUUUAUCUUCCUAGUGAUUCAGCUGCUGCUCACCAAUUUAAACAAUCUGAAAAUAUUGUUACCCAAGGACAAAAUAAUGAUUUAAAGAGUGAACUAAAGGCUAAUAACACUAGCAAAUGGCUUGAGAACAUUAACCCACAAUAUGAAGGAUUUACCUAUGAAGAAGAGACUCGGUAUCAAAAAGUGGGUGAUGGUCAUGCUUGUUCUCUGUAUCAUGAUGAUGAUGAUCAGGAACGGCAUGUGGAGUUGUCCAGGUUGCAAUCCAACCAACUCUCAUAUAGUUCUUCAGAUACAGGGAAGAGGAAUAACAAAGAACAAGAACUGGAUGCUGAAGUAUUGGGAAACAGAAAUGUUAAUACUCAACUCCCAGGGCCCAGAACUGAUAUGGACAAGAUUGAUACUUACAAGCAUGAAGAAAAUGAAUUUCUUAAUCUUAGUAGAUCAAAGGAUAGUUUAAAGGGGUAUCAGAAGACAAGCCUUGAAGGAAAAAGCUGUGUGUGCCGUCAGAUAUCUCAAUAUGCGUACAAGAACAAUGAAGAGAAAGGGGAUGUUUAUGAUCAUAGGCAGAUAUCAGAUACUUCUGAAACCUAUGUGUUUGAUUGUGUGUAUGAUGUGAAUGAGGCAGAGACCAGAAUUUUGCAGAAGACAGUAAAUGAAGCAGGUGGGAAAUUAGCAUCCUUGGCAUUCUCACCAAAAGACUGGGAAAUUAAGACAAACCUUGUGGAAAAGCAACAGUCAUUUGAUAACACAAAUGAUGCUGCCAUUGUAGAUCGGAAGGUCCAACAAGAACAAAACCACUUGGAAGGGACAGGAAGCCACAGCUUAACAGGAGAUAGUGGAAUAGAUUCUCCCAGAACACAAAGUAUGGCUUCUGCUAAUUCUGCCAUCUUGGAUGGACUGAAGAAAAGAAGAAGCUUUCUCAUGAACUUGGAGGGCAUAGAAAAGACUUUACAGAGUGGAAAGAAUCUUACACGAAAAUCCUUGCUUCAGUUGACUCCAGUCAUGAAUGUUUAACUUUUUUUUCUUCUUACCACAUUUUAAGAAUUCCUUUGUAAAUAUGUUAAUAUAUGUACUGUAAAUGUCUUAAGCUAUUAAAUAUCUUAAAAGUAGGUAAGAUAAUUAUAUU